ACUCAGAUUCUACCCAGACCUCAAGUGCUCAGGUCAUGAGGCCCCCAACCCUCCUGCUGCUGCUCUCAGGGGCCCUGGCCCUGACGGAGACCUGGGCAGGCUCCCACUCCCUGAGGUAUUUCUCCACCGUGAUGUCCCGGCCCGGCCUCGGGGAGCCCCGCUUCAUCUCCGUGGGCUACGUGGACGACACGCAGUUCGGGCGGUUUGACAGCGACUCCCCGGGUCAGAGGAUGCAGCCGCGGGCGCCCUGGAUGGAGCAGGAGGGCCCGGGGUACUGGGAGGGGGAGACGCGGACAGCGAAGGCCACCGCGCAGACGUUCCGAGUGAACCUGCGCGCCCUGCGCGGCUACUACAACCAGAGCGCGGCCGGCUCUCACACCCUCCAGGAGAUGUCUGGCUGCGACGUGGGGCCCGACGGGCGCCUCCUCCGCGGGUAUGAUCAGUUCGCCUACGACGGCGCCGAUUACCUGGCCCUGAACGGGGACCUGCGCUCCUGGACCGCGGCGGACACGGCCGCUCAGAUCUCCCGGCGCAAGUGGGAGGCGGCCGGAGAGGCGGAGCGCGUCAGGAACUACCUGGAGGGCAGGUGCAGGGAGUUUCUGCGCAGGUACCUGGAGCUCGGGAAGGAGACGCUGCAGCGCUCAGAUGCCCCAAAGAUACAUGUGACCCACCACCCCAUCUCUGACCAGGAGGUCACCCUGAGGUGCUGGGCCCUGGGCUUCUACCCUGCGAACAUCACCCUGACCUGGCAGCGAGAUGGGGAGGACCUGACCCAGGGCACAGAGCUCGUGGAGACCAGGCCUGGGGGGGACAGAACCUUCCAGAAGUGGGCAGCUGUGGAGGUGCCUUCUGGAGAGGAGCAGAGAUACACGUGCCAUGUGCAGCAUGAGGCGCUGCUGGAGCCCAGAGUCCUGACUUGGGUGCCCCCUCCUCAGUCCUCCAUCCCCACCGCGGGCAUCAUUGCUGGCCUGGUUCUCCUUGGAGCUGUCCUCACUGGAGCUGCAGUGGCUGCAGCUGUGAUGUGGAGGAAGAAGCGCUCAGGCAGCGACAGUGCCCAGAACCCUGAUGUGUCUCUCAGCUGCUAAAGUGUGAGCCAGCUGCCUUGUCAGGACUGAGUGAUGCAGGAUUUCUUCUCAGCCCUACUUUGUAAUUUCGCAAUCAUCUGGUUUCCUUUGCUGCAAAAGUCAUCUGAAUGCAUCUCUGUUCUUAGUAGAUAAUGUGAGGAGGUGGGGAGAAUGCCCUAGCCCUGCCUUCCAGGCCCCUCCCCACACUGACUUGUGUCUCUCCUUGAUGACUUUCCUGCUUCAGCAGAGGCAGCUUGGUUUGUGUCUGCUGUUGUCUUUGUGUUUUCCUCAAGAAUAGUAACUACUUCCCUCUGGAAAUAAUAAUUGAGUUCUGAAAUUACUUAUUGUAAGCUUGCCUGAUGGGUUGGUGGGCUAACAAAAAUGAUUCCUAAAAUUUGAGAGGAAAUAAUUAUUCAAGACCGUAUUGAUAACAAGUUUGAGGCACAUUUAAAUGUUCUCGAGGAAUCACUUUUACAUAUUGGUAAUCAAAUUCAACACAUCAAAACUCACUUGACUACCAAAUGUCAUUCUGAUUACAAAUGGAUUUGUGUCACUCCACAUGUUUAUAACUCUUCUUCUGUUUCUUGAAAUAAUGUCAAAAAUCAUUUACUGGGUGUUUGGGAUAACACAAAUGUUUCCCUGGACCUUACUGCUCUGCAGAAAGAUAUUAAGGCAAUUAGUUUAGCUCAUGUCCCCUCCUCAACCCCUGCGGAAGUUGCUGCUUCCUUCCUGGCUUCUUUGCAAUGUUAUACCACUAAGGUGGCGUGGAUCCCAUCAUUUAUUACCUUGGGUGUUGUUUUGCUUGUCACCAUGAUUAUUUUGAUUCUCUUCCCAUUGUUUACUAAAUUGCUUUUCCGUGCUAUCAAUCAGAUACUGUUGAGAUGCGAAUUAUGCAGAUGAUGGCCAAAAACAAAAAAGGGGGAGAUGCUGCAGAAGGCCUUGUUGCCCCAGCCAGGUAAGACACUGGCAAGCAGUGAAGCUAAAGGGCCUCACACCAUGGGGCUGAAGGUAAAGGGCCUCACACCGUGGGGCUGAAGAUUUAACAUCCCUUUAUUUUUUGUUCUUGGUCAUAAAAAUUGAAAAAUUUCCCAAAAAGUACAUUAGGCAAUAAAUUAUAUGCAUCAGUAUACUGCAAAUAAGCGGCAUGGAAAAUUAUCUGUUUAGAAAUUAGUUAUUAAACAAUUUGGCCCACUUGACAAUGGGAGACAAUUUAUUGAACAUGCCUGACAAGCAAUCCAGCACAAUAAUUAUAGUAGGACCUUCUCUUGCCUUCUUUUGAAGUUUCUUGGGAAAUUUUUAAAUAAAGCUAUUUGAGUUAAGGAGUUUCUAGGUAGAAAAAGUUCUGAUAGCAGAGUAGCAGCCGGUCCCCAGCUGAAGACCAUGAGAAUAAGAGGAGUCUUUUCUUGCUUAGGCUUUAGCUGAUAGGGAUGUACUGGCAAAUAUCUACUGUCUUAGGUUAUUGUUUAGCUGAAACAAUGAGUUUUAGUGUAAGGCUUAGUUUUUCAUUAACCUUGAAGGUUGCCUUCUUACUGAGAGCACAUAAUGGCCAAAAGCCUAUGGAAAAAGAGAUGCACUGAUUGUUUCUGCUUUGUUUCUAUGCACAUGAUAAUGUCAUCUCACUGCUUGCAAAAAAUGUAUAAAUAAAGAAACUGCUGAGCCUCUCAGCAGAAGAUACUUGC